AUGGCUUCUUGGAACCGACUCCCCCCCUCAUCAUCCCCCACAACCUCUCCAGUUCGUUCUUCUUCUCCUGUAUCCCCAUCGUCAGUGCCCUUUCCUGUCCGAGAUCCCUUUUCUGCGCUCUCGACCUCACGACCCAAUGAUUAUUGGAAGCCACCGCACUUUGCCAAGCGGGAACGCUCCCCAUCACACUCUCCAACUUCAAGCCCCGUAAACCACAAACGGGUCAGACGUGAGCAGGAGCCUCUCACCAGCAGUCCAUUUGGUACCCGUCAUUUGCCGGCUACAAGCAGUCCGUUCGGCACUCCCCCUCAAUAUGUUGCUGCAGUGCCCAGGAGUCCGCGCAAGGAGACGGCCUAUGAGAGAGAGGAGAGAAUAUGGGAAGAGAACAUCUCUCGAUUGGUGGAUAAUGACCUGGAGAAUGUCAUCGAUCUAAGCCUUGCAAAAAUUGUGCGACUGCAGUCGUUUGGUCCAACGUCUCCCAUUCCCAGAUCGUUGUCACUCCCAACCGAACAAGGUAGUCCGUCCGCAGCAAGGACCAUGCAGCGCGUUAGCACGACAGCAAUCAGUAAAAAUAGAUUAAAGUUUAUCCCCCCCGCCAUCGGUGCUCUCAAAAAUCUCACCGAGCUGAUCAUUGGUGGAAACGAGAUCGAAUUUCUGCCUUCAGAAAUAGAAAGGCUUCCACUAAAGCAGCUCGGGUUACACCCCAAUAAAUGGUUACCUUGUCCCGACGCCAAGGACCCUCACGAACACAUGCUGUCACCAUUAGAGACCUUUUGUACUGUUCCACCACUGGCGGAACUAUGUAUCAGGGUGCUCUUAUCGUUCCCUGCCGGCAGUCAAGUGACGGCAUUAGAAAGCAUGCCAGAGCCACCUUCUGGCGUCUUGCCGGACGAAUAUAUCAAAUACUUUAGCGCCACAUGCAAAAAGAAAUCUUUGGUUGAUGCUCCUUCCCUCGACGCAUCUCUCAUGUUGGACCCGGUUUCGCCCCGACGAAGACACGAAGAAAACGAUCCACAAUAUGACCUCACUUAUUCGGUUUGUCCCAACAGGGAACAUGGGGUUGGCGUCAGAAAGACGUUUAUCAAGCCUGCCGAGAUCCGGUAUCGAUGGGUCAAGCAUAUAGCAUCAGCAGAUACUGGUGGUCUCAUACCGCUUCAAUACAGGGGAUGCGAGUCUGGAUGUCUGGACUUUUUGGAAGAUGCCUUCAUUGAACCAGGAGACGAGCCUGGUGACGACGACACUGUAUUCUAG